AUGGCUGUUCCCACGACUCAAAAGGCCCUGGUGUACGACGAGCCCGGCACCAUAUCAACCAAGGUUGUUGACUUGGCAGUGCCGGAUCCUGGUCCAGGUGAGGUGCUCGUUCGACUGAGCCAUUCCGGCGUGUGCCAUUCAGACUUGGGCGUCAUGACAAACUCGUGGAGUGCAUUACCGCUUCCAACGCCGGCAGGACAAGUCGGUGGCCAUGAAGGCGUUGGCAAGAUCGUCAAGCUCGGUCCGGGAGCCGAAACCUCCGGCUUGUCCAUAGGAGACAGGGUCGGCGUCAAAUGGAUAUCCAGCGCAUGUGGUCACUGUGAGCCAUGCCAAGCCGGUUCAGACGGCCUCUGCUUUAACCAAAAGAUCUCGGGAUACUAUACGCCCGGAACGUUUCAACAAUACGUCACGGGCCCAGCGCACUAUGUGACUCCUAUUCCCGAGCAGCUUGACUCGGCCCAGGCAGCUCCUCUGCUCUGCGGAGGCAUAACGGUCUACUCUGCUCUGCGGCGAAGUCAGGCAAGAUCUGGUCAGUGGGUAGUCAUUACGGGAGCUGGAGGCGGCUUGGGUCACCUUGCUGUGCAGCUCGCCAGCCGGGGCAUGGGUUUGCGUGUCGUCGGCGUGGACCAUGCGAGCAAAGCAGACCUGGUUCGUUCUUCUGGGGCCGAGCACUUUGUUGAUUUUACACAGUUCCCCAAGGACGAUGCUGCUGGCGCUGGAAUCACUGCACAUGUCAAGAAGUUAUGCGGCGGCCUCGGCGCCCAUGCCGUCAUCGUCUGCACGGCCUCCAACGAAGCCUAUGCCCAGGCUCUCGGCUUUUUGCGUUUCAACGGUACUUUGGUGUGCGUUGGUUUGCCGGAGCAUGGUGCGAUUCCCAUUGCCACUGCCAACCCCGGAGCCAUGGUUUCCAAUCAAUUCACAGUCUGCGGCUCAGCCGUUGGGAAUCGCCAAGACGCAAUCGAGACGCUCGAUUUUGCUGCUCGGGGCAUCAUCAGGAGUGAGAUACGCGUUGAGAAAAUGAGCGAGCUGACAAGAGUCUUUGAAGAAAUGCGACAGGGCAAGUUGCAAGGCCGAGUUGUUCUCGAUCUCAUGUGA